GAAAGAGGAUGUACCUUUUCUGGGGUACUCAUUUGCAUGCGCUUGAAACCACAGCACAAAUCAGAUUUUACUCAACCAACGGAUAAAAACAGGUAGUUUCACGGAAGUGACUGUGACACAAAGAAGUUAGUGCUUGGUUGUGCAGAAAUUUGAGCUCUAGGUUUUAAGAAACACAUGAAAUUUGUCAAAUGAAGCUACAAGCUACAGUUUUCAACAACAAAGAUGGAACAAAACUUUGUGGAUUUGCUUAGUGAUGCAUUUUCAGCUGACCUAGAUUUUGAGCAUCUACAAUCAGACGAGGAAACUAACACAUCUCAAACACAGCUAGUUAUGGAUGAAGAUAUCGAUGACACGAACGGUGCUAGUAAUCUCUGGACAGCAUCAGAGCAAGGCUCAGUUGAGACCUUCACUAAUGUUUCUGAGCUGGAAGAAAGUGAAGCAAGCUCUGAUAACAGCGAGAAUGAGUCAAGUAAUUCCUUCACUAUCGAUACAGAGUCUACAUUUUGCCUCACUCAUGAAAUAGAUAAUGAUCAGGUUGUAAACACAAUGAUGACAGAAGCACAACAAAGAAACUAUACGGCUGGCGAAUGUACUGCAGAUGAAGGAAACACGCAAAGUGACUUAGAAGCAGGUGUUUCUACACACGGACUAGUUACUGGAUUCAGCAUAAAGGUAGAUGAAAAGGAGCUCACAGAGGAGGAACAUAUGGAAAUGUUUAAUAUAGAAUAUCAGCCACAGACAUCCCCUCUAAUGUGCAGCGAGGGUCAAACACCAGAAGAGACAUCAUCUGAAUCAGACAAAGAAUUAUCAGAGAAACACAACACAACAGAACAAUCUUCUCAUGAUGAAUCUGUUGGUAACAAGGAUGAACCUUUUCAUGCGAGGAGUCCAAAUAUUGCUGGCAAAUAUGAUGUCAGAGAUGACAUGAAAGAGUUUACAGAGGAAGACCAAGAACAGAUUGAGGAAAGUCUAGCUGAUUACCCCUCGGAUUUAUCCCACAGUGAAACCGAAGAGCCCGCUGAAAAUCCUACAGCUCAGCUAUUCACCCUUACAGACAUCAGCUCUAGGGAUGAUCCCUCCACAGACAGGAUGGAUGAUUUGUCCGAUGAAGAAAACAUGGACUUGCAAAACAAAGACAGUCCUGUCCUGGAUCAUAAUUCUAGGAUUAAGGGCCUGGAGGUUGAGAUGAUCUCAGCAUCAGAAGACUUGGAUAUGUCUUUGCAGAGAAUGAGUGUUGAUGAAGAGGAUGCCCAAGAAUCUUUAACAGAUGAUAGAAACACAGAGGAAGAUGCCAAGAACAAGGAGGAUGCUGGCGAUCUAUAUGAUGUUAAUGAUCAAGCAAACGACAUCAGUGACAGUAGUAGUGAUGAUCACAGCACAAGUCAAGAAGAAACUCAUUUUCUCUUAUCAGUGAAGCAGGAAGAGGAAAUGAAUCAUGUUGCAGAGUACAACUACUCAACAGAGGACAUGGUGAAGAUGGAUAAUGAUGUUGGUCAUAUAUAUCCAGAUACAGAGGAUGAGGAUGAUUACAAUCCUGAGAAACAGGAUGUGGGACGUUUAUUAUUCUGUGAUGUCGAGGAAAGCGGCUUCACAAAAACAGGGUCUAUUUCAUAUUAUGAGGAAUCCAAUACAGAACCUACAGAGUUACACCAUGGCAUAGAAUCAGACCAAGCUAUAAAAGGCCAUGACAAAUCAUCUUCAGAGGCUUCAGACAAUGUAAGUGAUACCAAAAACAUAAUAAGUGAGGUUUUGUGGUCCUCAGCACUGCUGAUGGAUGAAGACAACCUGCAGUUAGAGGAAUAUGACUGGGACUUGACAGGUGAAGAUUUAUUUAAGAUAAAUUCAGGUGAAGGAGAAAACCAAGAGUCCAGAGAAGAAGCCCUGGAGGAGUUAGAUGAUAUUGAUGAUGAGGAGGAAGCGAAUGAGCGGGACUGGGAGCUGGAGAAAAGUAGAAUUGAGGCAUUUUAUCAAUUCUAUGGUGAUCAGGCUGAACCAGAGAAUAAAGUGGGCAGGAGCCAUAAGGUUACCUUUGAUUUGGACCACGAAUCUUCUGAAUAUGAUGAAGAGUCUGACAGCAGUGAAGAGGAACUGGACUCAGACCUCAACAUACCAAAUCUCAACACACUGAAACCAGAGUAUCACAGUGAGUCAGAUGAUGCACUGGAGAAGCCUUACUACACCGAGAAGCCAAGGAUGCAACCAAAGGAAAAGCAACAUGUGACUGCAGCAGUGAAGCAGUGUCAACGUCCUCAUAGGAACAAGUGUCUUGCUGUGCUAAAGUCCACCUUAACAUUUGGCCUGCUGACAGCAAUCGGCAUCGUUUCAUACUUGUGGGCAACAGAAAAUCUGGAUUGGAUUCACUGAAUUCACACCUCAAUAUUCUGGGUAAAAAACAAAACAAUAAAAAACAAGAUUACAUUUUUGCUAUAGGUGUAAAUGUAGAAUUAGGGGCAUGCAAUGUUCUCUGAAUAUUAUAAGUGGUUUAUUAGUGUUUGUAAAAUAGGCAGCAGCAAAAGUCAGUGUAAACUGGACCAGCUUUAUUUCUUAUAACAUUGCAGCCUUCCAACAUGCUCUAGAAAAACCCUUUUAAAUACUAUAAAAAGUUUGUUUUGUUUUAGGGUUUUUUGCCUUGCCAUAAUGUAACAGCUCUUGGUCAUUUUAGUUUACUGUCAGUUUGGGCAUCAAGGGAAAGAUUCUAGUUGAAUGCAAGAAUGUUUUUUUUUUUUAAUAAUUUUUUCUGGCACAGAAUCCUGUAUUACCAUUAUCAAUUAAGUCAAAUUCCUCUAAACAUGCCAUGCAGUUAGUGUAAUCACUUAUACUGGGACUGAAAUAUUUUGUGGGGUGUUUAAUAAAGUAUAGUGCAUCACUUGCUGUGCCAUUACUAAGGAACCAAAAUUCAUUCAUUCAAAUACUGUAAAUUUACACAAACUCUCCUUUGGUCUGAAAGCUUUAUCUUGUCUGUAAUAAGAUUUAUAUGUAUGAUUAAGCUAAUAAUGAUGCUUUUGCUUACAGAAUGUGGAAUGUUGGUAAAUCACAAGCUGCCAAUCAAAUGUCUAAGUCUGUUAACCACUAUUUCUUACAGUGCUUUUUUUGUGUGUAUUUACGUGUAACAAUAAAUACACCUAUAAUCUUUGACAAGAUAUUAACCAAAUUGGAAUUUCCAUAGGCAUAGUGAUGCUUAUGGACUCUCAAGGUAAUGAUUAUAAUAAACAUUUAAUUGAAUGUAAAAUGUAAACAUUUACCUGUAAAAACACCUGUAAAUGUAUUAAUAAAAAUAAAGUACAUGCUAAGUUUAUAAAUGUUUUGCAGAUGGAAGUAAAAACGUGUAAAUGUAAAUCAUGCUCAGAAGUGCGCUCUCUCUCGCGCUCUCUCUAUCUAUCUUUGGUUGGGGUAAUCCUUUUUUUUAAGUGACAGUUUCCAUUAAAUAUUUCAAACAAA